AUGUUUGCGUUGGAACGUGAAUCCAAGAACGACAGCAGCGCGAGGACGACAAAACGCGGAAAAAAGACUCUCGCCCGUGGUUUCCGGAAGAGAAACAAAUACUGAAGCUCCGGGGCAUAAGUGCGUCAGAGGGAAACAAACAGUGGCUGGCAGGACGAAUUUUUCAAAAGAACAGAAACACAAACAAGCCGUUGCGCAACCGUCUUCGUUACCGUUGCCAACCUAUCAGGAAUUAGAGGGAUUUGCCACUAAAGAUUGUCUAACAGAGAAAAAUCCGGACAACACCGAAAAAAUUUGUGAAAAAAGUGACGAAUUAUCCGAAGCUUCGUUCAUGAGAAGUUCGUCAAACGGAAAAAAAAGAUUUGUUAAGCUUUGACUAUUGGAUAAACUAAUGAUCAACAGCUAAAUCCAAAAAAGUUUUUUCGAGAGAAUGUAGAAAAAACUGAAGUUAUCUGAAUUUAUUUUGGAAAUAAAAAAUGGUGAAUACAUGAAUAAUAUUUCCUGCUAUUUCGUUACAAAUACGGUCAACAACUCCUUAUUUCGUUGGCCACUGGAAACAAACAUUUGUUAAGCGUCUCACCCAAGCGGCGUUAAAAAAAGAAGCUUAUACUUCUCCAAAUUAUAUAUUCGUCUUGAGCUGGUAGUUGAUAUAAUAUCCAAUGAUUGUUGAGAUAUUUCGAAUGAAAGUUCUCGAGAAUAAGAAAGACCUGUGCGAAAACUCUCCCGGAACCUUCAGAGGCGAGAGACUUCAGAGUUCGGCCUUUUAGCGUGUAUUUUUUAAACUUGAGAGAUCGAAAACUUUUCUCAGAAAGGAGACAGAUUUGGAACUUCUCAGAAGUUUGUUCAGUUAAAAAAAACCGCAAAUUCGGCUGCCCUUUUUUGCGUUGGAAAUUUAAUUACUUAAAGCUCUCAAAACAUAUUCUUUCUGGCCUUUUUUUUUCGAAAAAUUUGAGGAAGGUUGUUGAGAAAACUGAAUCUGAAAACAGUGAAUGAUCUCUCUGGAAGAAUCGAAAAAUUGAUAUUUGAAAAUCCAGUCAGUGCUCUCAUUUUUCCCCAAAAAUCUAUAUGUUUUCUGGUCACGCCCCAAAAAAAUUAGAAAAUUUUAAGAAACAUUUUUUGAUAAACAGCAUCCUUAUUCGUUUUUGAUUAAUAGCAUAAAAUCUUCUGGAACAGACAUUUUUAUCAAGAAAAAAAGUGUGAAGGAAAUCGGGGUGAAGAGAGAAAGUGCAAGAUAAUGUCUGCAUCAUCAUCUUGAUGUAGAGGAUUCGGACGACGUCGCUGCUUUCCUGAGGGAUUCCCAAUCGCCAACCGAUCCAAACCGGUUUCAGAUUGACGGCGCCGCCCGGGUCGCGCAUAAGUGCACGUCGUCUCAAAAUUAUCGUAAGAUAAGCGAAAACGAGCGUGGCCUCAGCGAAUGCAACACGAACCACACGGAUCGCAAUCUGCCCAGCAUUUCUUUUUUCCUCGGAUUCGCGCCCAAACGUUCUUUGAGGCGGUCUGAAGUUAAACUUCAGAAUAAACUAUAUAUAUUUAUUAAAUUUCGAAGCAAUUUGAUCUUGAUCACCAAUGAGAUCAACAGAAGUGCUCAUAAAUUUGCUUAAUAGCUAAAUUUUUUCAAUUGUUCAUGCUCGAAUGAAUUCGCACAGAAUCACUCCCAAAAGAGAAUAAAAUAAAAUAAACCGCUAGGAGCAUUUUGACACCAAAAUCAAGCUUCAAUAAAAAUUCCUCAAAGUCGUGAAGUUCUGCAAGUGCACGAAAGAAAGAAAAAUGAGAAUUUUGCUUGUUCAGGCCGAUAUUAUUGGACUGA